AUAUAUAUAUAUAUAUAUAUAUAUAUAGUGUUUUUUUUUUCUGUUGGUUUUUUAUAUUCUUUUAGCGAUGAUGAUGAUUGCUGUUGAAGGUGGAUAGAGGGUUUUAUGGAGCAAGUAAAGUAAUAUCAAGUUCACAUGUUUUGCUGAAAGUUUUACUUUGUUUCUGUGAAAUCUUGGGUGUGGAUUUUAUAUAUAUAUUAGUGGAUAUAUAUAUUCAGAUUGCGUGAAGGAAGUGAUGUCAUCGAAAUCGACAACGAACAGGACCAACUGUUCCAAGAACAGCUCUGCUAGGUCAAAACAAGGUGCUCAUAUAGUAGCUCAAACACCAAUCGAUGCCAAGCUCCAUGGCGAUUACGAACUUUCCGACCAGCAAUUCGAUUACUCCACUUCUGUUAAUGUGUCCAAUGCCGUUUCCGACAUCCCUUCUUCAACGGUAUCGACGUACCUUCAGAAGAUGCAAAGGGGAAGCCUUAUUCAGCCUUUCGGCUGCUUAAUUGCAAUCGAAGUACACAAUUUCUGUGUGUUGGCACACAGUGAGAAUGCACCAGAAAUGCUGGACUUAGCUCCGCACGCAGUUCCAAGCAUCGAACAACAAGACGUUUUGACUUUUGGUACCGAUGUUAGGACACUCUUUCGACCCUCGGGUGCUGCGGCACUUCAAAAGGCGGCCAAUGCCGGGGAAGUUAAUAUGCUUAAUCCGAUAUUGGUCCACAGUAAAAACUCGGGCAAACCCUUUUACGCCAUUCUACACCACGUCGAUGUCGGGCUAGUCAUAGAUUUUGAACCCGUGAAUCCAGCCGAUUUGCCGGUGACAGCUGCCGGUGCGUUGAAAUCGUAUAAACUCGCGGCCAAAGCCAUUUCUAGACUACAAUCUCUGUCGAGCGGGAGUAUAUCGGUUUUGUGCGAUAUAUUGGUUAGAGAAGUGAUGGAUUUAACCGGUUACGACAGAGUGAUGGUUUAUAAGUUUCACGAUGAUGCGCACGGGGAAGUUGUUGCCGAGUGCUGCAGCCGGCCUGGUUUGGAGCCUUAUCUUGGCUUGCAUUAUCCCGCCACCGAUAUACCACAGGCAUCGAGAUUUCUGUUUAUGAAGAAUAAAGUUAGGAUGAUAUGCGAUUGCUUAGCACGACCCGUUAAAGUGAUUCAAGACACGGCAUUGGCUCAACCGCUGAGCCUUGCUGGAUCGACGUUAAGGUCUCCGCACGGGUGUCACGCACAUUACAUGGCGAACAUGGGAUCUAUUGCAUCGUUGGCCAUGUCUGUAAUGAUAAACGAGGAUGAUGGUGACGAUGAUGAUGCGACGGAUAGUAGUCAGCAGAAGAGAAGAAAGCUGUGGGGUUUAGUGGUUUGCCACCAUACGGAGCCGAGGUUCAUCCCGUUUCCGUUAAGGUACGCGUGUGAGUUUUUGGUUCAGGUUUUCAGUGGUCAAAUGAACAAGGAGGUUGAGUUGGCAGCUCAGCUGAAGGAGAAGCAUAUACUGCAAACUCAAACUGUGCUUUGCGAUAUGCUGCUGAGAGAUGCUCCGACGGGGAUUAUGACUCAGUCGCCUAAUGUGAUGGACCUCGUUAAGUGCGACGGAGCUGCACUUUACUACCGUAAAAAGUGCUCGUUGCUUGGGGUUACACCCACAGAGGCACAAGUUGAAGAUAUUGCUAAAUGGCUUGUCGAAUGCCAUGGUGGCAGUACGGGAUUGAGUACAGACAGCCUUAUGGAAGCAGGAUAUGCGGAAGCUUCCGCUCUCGGGGAUGCCGUUUGCGGAAUGGCUGCAGUGAAGAUUACUUCCGGUGGUUUCUUGUUCUGGUUCCGUUCGAACACGGCAAAGGAGAUUAAGUGGGGUGGUGCGAAACACGACCCUGCCGACAAAGACGAUUCGAGAAAGAUGCACCCGAGGUCGUCGUUUAAAGCCUUUCUCGAGGUGGUUAAGAGGAGAAGCUUACCGUGGGAAGAUGUGGAGAUGGAUGCAAUUCAUUCGCUUCAGCUGAUAUUGAGAGGCUCUUUGAAAGACGAGAUAGCCGAAGAAGAUUCCAAAAUGAUUGUGAGAGUCGAGACGAAGGUGGAUGAACUGCGCGUCGUGACUAAUGAAAUGGUUAGACUGAUUGAAACUGCAUCGGUACCUAUUUUGGCUGUGGAUUCGUCUGGUAUCGUCAAUGGCUGGAAUACAAAGGUGGCCGAACUUACGGGUCUGGAUUUACAGCAAGCUCUCGGUACACCAUUUGUUGAUCUCGUAGUCGAUGAUGCAGCUCCCAGAAUGAAUGAUAUUCUCUCUCUAGCUUUGCAAGGCAAGGAAGAGAAGAACGUAGAAAUCAGACUGAAGACGUUCGGCGGUCAGGAGAACAACGGUCCGAUAAUCUUGGUUGCUAAUGCAUGUUGCAGUCGAGAUGUGAACGAAAAUAUAGUUGGCGUUUGCUUUGUCGGGCAAGAUGUUACUGCCCAAACUAUGGUGUUGGACAAAUACAAUCGUAGAUUCGUUGAGAGGUCAGCUAUCAUGUGGAACCCGAGUCCGCUAAUUCCUCCUAUUUUUAUGAUGGAUGAGUUCGGCAAGUGCGUCGAAUGGAACGACGCAAUGCAAAAACUGUCGGGCCUGAAGAAGGAACAAGCCGUUCAACAAAUGCUUCUCGGUGAGGUCUUCACGGUUCACUCAAACGGCUGCAGAGUCAAAGACGAAGACACGCUAACAAAGCUCAGAAUAUUACUUAAUAACGUCAUUUCUGGUCAAGAUUCGGAUAAAUUCGUCUUUGGGUUUUUCGAUCGGCAGCAAAAAUACGUACAAGCGUUGAUUUCGGCAAACAAGAGGACUGAUUCCGAAGGCAAAAUCACCGGAGUUUUGUGCUUUCUUCACGUUGCUAGUCCAGAACUUCAACAUGCAAUGAAGGUGCAAAAGAUAACCGAGCGAGCGGCGGCAAAUACCCAAACAAAGUUGGCUUAUAUUCGGAGCGAACUGAGAAAUCCGUUGAGUGGAAUUAACUGUGUCCAGAAAAUGAUGAAAUCCUCGAAUUUGAGCAAAGAACAGAAGCAGCUUUUAAAGACUAGUGAAUUGUGUCGAAAUCAAUUGGCUAAAAUCGUUGGUGAUACUGAUAUCGAAGCCAUCGAGGAAAGUUAUGUGGAGAUGAGCUCUGAGGAAUUUAGUGUUGGGGAAGCUUUACGAGUGGUGAUGAAUCAAGUUACGAUUCUGAGUCGGGAGAGAGACGUGAAAAUCAUAUACGAUAUACCCGAUGAAGUGUCUUGUAUGCGCCUAUACGGUGAUAUAUUGAGGCUGCAACAACUUCUUUCCGACUUUUUAGCUACCGCGCUCAUGUUCACUCCGCCUUUUCAAGAAUCGUCUAUUUAUUUCUGUAUAAUUCCCAGAAAGGAGAGUAUAGGGACACAGAUGCAUGUUGUCCAUUUCGAAUUCCGGAUUAGUCAUCCAACGCCGGGGGUUCCGGAAGAGUUGAUACAAGAGAUGUUUUGUUACAACAAUAAUGUAUCGAGAGAAGGACUCGGGCUAUACAUGAGUCAAAAGCUCGUCAAAACUAUGAACGGCACCGUACAAUACCUUAGGGAAUCAGAAAGAGCAUCUUUCGUCAUCCUACUACAAUUUCCGUUUGCAAACAAUAUAGUAGUAGGAAGCUAAUAAUGCUGAUGAUUGAAUAAUAAUAAUAGUACAUUCUGACAGAACACCUUUGAUACAUAUAUAUCUGUAUAUGUAUAGGCGCGCCUGUAAAUGAAAUAAAUAUAUAUUUGCCGCAAAGGUACGAACAUUAGGAAUUAUAUCACAGGUCACUGAAUAGAGAUGACGACGAUGAUUUAAAAAAUAGUUAUAUGUGAAUAUAUUGUCUCCAGCUUCUUUCUUUGGGUUUACGGCAUCAUCGUUUGCAGCUGCGUCAAAACACACUAUUGCCCAGGAAUUGAUGGCUUCAUUAACAUGCACUACAUGGAAGAUCCUCUAAGAUUAGAGGGCUCUGUUACACACAUUUUCCUUCAUUUUAUAUUUUGAUGAAAUGAGAUUUUAAUGAUACUUUUGUAACAUCAUCGAUUGCUAUUAUUUUUUAUGAAAAAAACUUUCUUCUU